AUGAUCACUGCCAAAGUGAUAUCGGCAAUGGCGCAACACUGGAAGUUACCAGCUAGACACGGAGAUGUGCCUAAUGCUUAUGUUAAAGCAUCCGCUGAAGAGGAAUUUCCUAUUUAUAUUAAGACCCCACAAGGGAUGGAGAUACGGGAUCAAGUAUUGAAGGAGUUGGGUGUGAAUUCUACAAAUGAAAUCAUAUUAUUACUACUUCAAAGCCUUUACGGCUUGAAACAAGCCGGCAGAUUAUGGAAUCGAUUACUUAGUACAAAAUUGACCGAUUUGGGAUUGAAGCAAUCAAUCGUUGAACCAUGUUUAUUUUACAGGAAGGAUGGUCGUGAAAUUUUACUCGUAGGAAUAUACGUGGAUGAGUUAUUGGUCACUGGGACCAAUGACGACUUAGUGAACAAGCUGUUUGAAUCACUUAAAAUCUUACAAAUCAAGGAUUUGGGAGAAGUUAACAAGUUCUUGGGGACGAGAAUCAUUAAACACGAAGAAGAUUAUUUUCUUGAUCAAGAACAUCUUAUUAAUGACCUUUUAAACCAAUAUGGAAUGAAUGACGCAAAAAUGACAAAAGCUCCAAUUGAUUCUGGGCAUUUAUGUGACGAAUCUAGCCCUAAAUUGCACGAUCCAAAGAAUUUCAGGUCACUAGCGGGGAGUUUGUUGUGA